UUCGUAACUUGAGAUAAAAUUAGAAGCAUGUUAGCUAAAUUUUUACUGGCGAUGCUGUUGUACUGCAACAUUGAAAUAUGUUUGGGUCAAAUUACUUCAGAUGGAUGUGGCACCACAAAAACUUGUUUCCAAAAUCCAUCAGGAUGUCAACCAUCCGAAACGACAUGCCACUUCUAUUCAUGGAAAAAGUCGGACGUAAAUGGAUUUUAUGAAUUUGAAAUGAGUGGAGGAACGAAUGUUACAGAUCAAUACGUUGCAUUGGCUCUAGGAACAGUAUCUCAAAUGAAAGACGCUGAUCUUUACUAUUGUAAUGGAACAGAUAUACGAUCAGCAGUUAUCCAACGACUGCACUUUCCUCCAACUUACUUAGAAAUGACGAAUGGACUUGCAACAAAAAGUGCAUCAAUAAUAAACGGAAUCAUACAAUGUGUCCUGACAAGGCCUGCGUCAGUCACAAAGACUAUCAGUGGGGCCAUUGACAAGGAUUUUGACAUCACGAAAGAGGAAUAUUACUUACUAGGAGCAAUUGGACCAACAAAUGGGGAUGAGAUACAAAAGCAUAAUAUCUGGAAGACCGUGACGACAAAUACUUAUAAUUUUGCUACUACUACUACUACUGAAUUGAAUCAAGUAACUGACGAAGGUUGUGCAUCUACUAAAACUUGUUUUAAAGACCCAGCAAACUGCAACGUAGGCACAGCAGGAUGUAGAUUUUACUCCUGGAAAAAGUCUGAUACCGGCAACACUUACCAAUUUGAAAUGAGUGGAGGAACUGGUGCUGGACUACAAUACAUUGCUCUGGCUUUGGGGACUGUCAAUCAAAUGCAGGAUGCUGAUCUUUAUUACUGUGAUGGUACUGCUGUAAGAUCCGGAGUUCUACAAGAGCGGCACAACCCUCCUGCGUAUUUGGAAAUGACGGGAGGGCUGGUAUCUGACAAAGCGUCCACAACAAAUGGGGUGGCGCAAUGUGUUUUCACGAGACCUGCAUCUGUGACUAAGACAAUAAGCAAUGGGGUUUCUAAAGACUUUGAUAUCACCAAAGAGGAAUAUUACCUGCUAGGAGCAAUUGGACCCAUGAAUGGAACAGAAAUCAAAAGACAUGAUACGUGGAAGACUGUUACUGCUCAAACGUAUCAAUUUGGAACUGCCUCUUCCUCCCCCAUUACUGACACAGAUUGUGAUAGUGAUACUGCAAAAACAUGUUUCAAAGAUCCAAAAGACUGUACUGCAGGCAAUUCGGGGUGUCAUUACUAUUCGUGGAAGAAGUUGAGCGACGGUACUUGGGACAUUGAAAUGAGUGGCGGAACUACAACCGGUCAGUAUGUGGCAUUUGCACUCGGAACAACUAAUGCAAUGCAGGACGCAGAUCUUUACUAUUGUGAUGGUAUGCAGAUCAGAUCAGGUGCAAUUCAACAACUCCAUAAACCCCCAGCAUAUUUGGAAAUGAAUAACGGCCUCACGACCAAGUCCGCUACUACGAUCAAUGGAGUGACGCAAUGCGUUUUGAACCGACCCGCUUCUGUUACCAAAGAAAUUAGCAACGGAGUCCAGAAGAACUUCAACCUUGCGGCAGAAAACUAUUAUCUUCUCGCCGCAGUUGGGAAAAUGAAUGGAGCUCAAAUACAAAAGCACACUUGGAGAGCAAUUUCUGAUAGUAAAAUUGUACCUUCUUCUGGAAAACCGUUGUCAGCAAUACAACCAACAAUACUCGGAUUGAUUGCGCUUCUGGUCAUGAAAUCAUCUACCGUUUUUGUCGACAAUUGAGGACGUUCAUGAAUUGACAUUUUUAUUUUAUCUAAAAAGUAUUAAUUAAAUCAUAGGAAUUUAUACAAAACGCAUUUGUGAUUAAUAAUAUAGCAGACAGACUAUUUUCUUUACUAAUGUUCGAAUUGUAUUGUUUGAAUUGGUGUUUGCACAUUUGACAGAACCCAGGAAUUUACUUGUUAAUACCAGUAAAUAUCAAGAUUUACGUACGGCUUGUUAAUAUAUUAUCCAUUUCAAAUAACCCUGACUAAUUUGUCGUUGACUGAAAAGCCUUUUUAGACGCAAUUAUUUUUUAUUUUUAAUAUCUUCCACUCCAUUUUCUCGAAAGUUCAUUCACCAAUGUAUUCAACAUUAUCAGUUGUAUCUUGUAACUCAUUCAGUUUGGGUUUCAAAAGCACCAAUUAUUUAACUAUACGUACAAUAUGCCUAAAAUGUACAGUAUUGUAUUUUAGAUUGCUGAACUUGACGCAUUUUGUUUUGUACACGUUGGCUUGCUAUGACAUUGAGAGAAAUGUUUUCAAUGAGCAUCCAACAACAUAGAAUAGUUUUCCACAAAAAGGUUUUUAUGAUGUAAUUUAAUAUAACAGCAUUUCCAUGUGAGCUAAUCAAUAUUUGUUCUUGUUUAUUUUAGGUAUUCUCUUUUCGAAUAAUUGACUGCUUUUCGAAAGGAAUUUAAUUCACUAAAUAAAAAAAUGUUUUGUUUAAUUUGUGAUUCGUAUUUCUGAGAUCCCAGUCGUGAACUAAUUCAAAUCUCAAAGUAAAUUUAAGGAUCAAAGUCGAUAACCAUAGGAGCAUGCUUGACUAUCCGUUCCGCAAAGUAUA